AUGUCUGUCAAAGCCACGGAGACCGAGAUUGGCAUUUUCAACAACACCAAAUACACAAUCUCUGCCCGCAUCACCGCCGACAACGGUGACACGGGGGGUCUUGGAUUCUACGAUAUCGAGGCAGGGAAGUACGAAUUGUGGAAGCGAAGCCACUGGCAAGUGGCCUUCGUGUUGAGGAGGUCGUCGGAACCAUCUGAUAACAAGGCGGAGACUUUGGUUGUGAAGCCUACAGGAGUUUACUACAUCAACGAUGAUUAG